GCCGCAGCGCGCCGCAGGCCGGCCUCCCCGCCCCGGCGCCGCGAAGGAAGGCCGGCGGCCUCGUCACGUGUCCUCGGCGAUCGCGAAACAGUUCUGGUGGUGAGGAGUCCUUUCCAAAUAUAAGAGGAAUAAAGAAGUCACUUCCCCAGCUGUCAUCAUCCUCCAACAGAUUGAGCAAGAAUAUUUCAAGCACUACAGAAAAGGUGAUACAGUCCAUCAAACACUAGAUGAUGAUCACCCAUGUGAUUUUUUCAAGAAAGGGAAUAGGGUGAAUGAAUCUCAUCAGAAAAGCAGCAAUAUGAAUGCUGGCCCAUCUCGGAAUAAAGUACAACGUUCAAAGAAUGCUUCUGGAAAAAGGCAGAGUAAACCCCAAGUCCCCCAUGUUUCUUCCCAGCUGAAGGGCAGCCUCGUCGGUGUCUCCCAACUCACUGAGGAUAAACAUAAAGAAAGCAUUUCCCCCAAAGGAAAGCCAGAAAGGAGUCCACUCAGUUCCAGGUGUCAGGGGGCCUCCGGGAACAAGCUGUUUCUCGACUUUAAGUCACUGAAAAUUAUUAAAGAAGAUGCUGAUGAGGACAGUGCCAGUGAUCUCUCUGAUUCGGAAAGAAUUCCCAUUCCUCCUUCGCCCCUCACACCUCCAGAUCUUAAUCUUCGAGCUGAGGAAAUUGAUCCAGUUUACUUUGAUCUGCACCCAGGUCAGGGUCAGGCAAAGCCUGAAUACCACUAUCCUGAUUUCCUCCCAUCCCCUUUUAACUCCUGGGACCUGCGGGACAUGGCUGUGCUUCUGAACACGGAGUAUAGAACCGGAGCAGUGCCACACACCGGAGGGCUUCUGGGGAAGUAUGUCGAUAGACUUAUUCAGCUCGAGUGGCUGCAGAUCCAGACUGUACAGAGCGAAAAAGGAAAGGGGGCCAAAGCAAGGCCCCCCACUGCCCCUGGGACGUCAGGGGCUCUGAAAAGCCCCGGGAGAAGCAAGCUCAUUGCUAGUGCUCUGUCGAAGGCUCGCCAGGAAGGGACUCCACAGUCAGGCCCUUCACGAAGGAAAGACUUGCACCGUGAAGAAGUCCAUCCAUCAAAUUACACAUUGGCGACUUCCCCCAAGCCCCUGGAGGUGCUGAGUAGUAGCAGAUUAUGUUCUCAGGAGCAAACCUUUGACAUGAGGACAGAGGAGAAGAAAAAGAAAUCAAAUAAGAGUUCCAAGCUGCAGCACUGGGGUUUGUCCUGUGCUGACAGCAGCCCCAAGAUUGACGGCAGUGGCAACACCCGAGUGCCCACACAGUCAGUGAUGAUUCUGGGCUCCGUGGACUCCUACAAGGCCUCCAGAACACAAGCACAUGCAAAUCUUAAGAAAAAGGGAAAAGCAAAUAACUGUGGUCAUGCCACUAUAUCCAGUGAGAGAAAACUCAAAACAAAUGGAGUAAAGCAAAACACACAUAAAUUCAAAUAAUAACUGAAAUGAUGAAUUGCAGAGGCCUGCAGAUACCUAAAUGUUAGAGCUCUUGCAAAAGUGACAGUUUUGUGAAUUUUAAGAAACUUUAUGAUUACUGACAUUUAAGUGGUUGAUUGGUUCUUUAGUCCACCCCUACCCCACCCCAGCCUCACUAGGGUUAUUUUCAAAGAAAAGUGUCUUCCUUUGUAUUGACAGCCUUAAGCAAAUGAGAGCCCUUUAGAAAAAAAUUAACAAAGGUCUAUGCCAUAUAAAGAAAUAAAAUGCAAACUCUCGAGGGGAGGAGUGAACUAAACUUCUGCAACAGCAGCCAGCCCAUGUAGGAUGGAGCUCCCCAUUUUCGCUGCACGUAAGUAUAUAAAAUAGUGCGUACUGUUAUAAAUGGUGUAGAAUCCCAGACAUUUGAAACAGGACUCUCAGUGUCCUCCUCAUAAAUGAUUCAAGCGGA